AAAUUUUAAAAAGUACACCCCAAAAUAAAAAAAAAACACACCAUUUUCCUUUCUCGCCUCCCUCUCUGGCAGUUAUCCUUUCUGAGUUCGCCGACCACCGCCAUAUCUCUGUAGUUCGAAAGCACUGAAAUCUCCACUGCUUUUUUCUCGAAGGUUUGAGAGUCUAUGUCACUUAAGAAGUGCAUAGCUGUUGUCUGAUUUACUGUAUUCAAGCUUGUGAGUGCCAGAGUAUACUACUACAAUAAGCUGUACAUAGAUACCUUUUUCUGUGUUUCAAAUAUCCUUUCAAAUGUCAGAGAUUGAUAUGGCUGUCAUAAAGCCUGAGAUAAUGAAGUCUUAUAUUUGGCUUCAAACUGUUGAUGGCUCAAUCCAACAAGUUGAACAGGAGAUUGCAAUGUUCUGUCCCAUGAUAUGUCAUGAAGUUAUACAAAAAGGCAUGGGAUCCUCCAAGAAUUAUGCUAUAUCUCUUCCCCAGCAAGUCAAUCCUGCCAUGUUAAGUCUAAUCCUCGAUUAUUGUCGGUUUCAUCAGGUGCCUGGCCGCUCGAACAAGGAGCGCAAAUCUUUUGAUGAGAAGUUUAUCCGAAUGGACACAAAGAGGCUCUGUGAGUUGACAUCUGCCGCUGACAGCCUUCAGUUAAAGCCUCUAGUUGAUCUUACUAGUCGUGCCCUUGCACGAAUUAUUGAAGGGAAAGCUCCUGAGGAGAUACGUGAGAUAUUUCAUUUGCCUGAUGAUCUUACUGAGGAAGAAAAGCUGGAGCCUCUGAAAAAUGCCACCGAUGACCCACGCAUUCGACUGUUAAAUAGAUUGUAUGCAAAAAAGAGAAAGGAACUAAAAGAGAGGGAGAAACUAAAGAAUGUUGAGGUUGACGAAGAGCUUGUUGAUGAUCGUUCAGUUGAUGACCUCUUGUCAUUUAUUAAUGGAGAUGAUGGAGAUUCUAAAGGGAUUAAAACUUCAAAGAGUAAAAAGAAGAACCGAAGAAGAAAAGAUUUGCAGAAGAGCACGUCUGCUCAUGAGGCCACUAAAAACCAUAAUAAGGAGUCAAAUGGUCUUAACUCUGUAUGCCGUAGUGCUGAAGUUCGUCAGAUUCUGCCCAGUGUUGGUGCUACCACAAACUUACAGGAUGUCGAAGAUGAUAUUUUUCCCAAUAAGAACGAGUUUGACGAUGGUGAUAUUGAUGAUGAGAUUGAUCCGACAUUGAAGGAAAAAAUUGAUAGGGAGGUGGAAGAUUUUGCCCGUAGAUUGAAUUCAGAUUGGCCGGAAAGAAUGCAAGAAAUUCUCUCUUUAGGCCAAGAAAAGAAACCAGUGCAUUUGUCACUUAAUGGCAAGGGUUCAUAAGGAGAUAUGCAGACUCAGAUCCGGAGCAGAGGUGAUUCACAAUGAAGGUAUGCCUGAAAAUUUUUGAUGAGAUGCUUUGCAGGUGGAUGAAAGAUGGCUUCUAGAAGGGCCUUGUGGAUCCUUUGUGAGUUUUUAAUUUCCUUUUUAAAGUUUAUUUUUCUUUGUUGUGCUUAGUCAGGCUGCAAUUUUGAUUCUGAGUGCAACUUCUUUUUACUGUAUUUUAUUCAUAUCAUCUUUGUGUAUAUUCUCGUGUUAUAAUAUUACUUAAGGUAUUAUAUAUUUUAUUAUAGUUUUGAGACAUUAAUAAUUGGUAUUAUAUAGAUUUUGAUACACUGAUGUUAGUUUUUCUUUGUUGUGUUGUGCUGUGAUGGUAUAUGUUCAAAAUUAUCGGGUCAUAUAGUACAUGACAUUAUUAUAAUCCGAAUUAUAUCCUAUCUAUAUGGUAUGGUGUAUGUAUUGACAAGAAAAGAAAAAGGUUCAGCUGAAGUUAUCCUUCUCCCAUCCUGAGAGGGGGUCCACACGUGUGAUUCGUCCAUUAAAGAUAGUGCGUCUGUGAGUAGCCGACCAUGUGGGCCCCACUUCCUUGGCAGCUUCAGUGCCUUCUGUCUAGAGAAACCCAUAUGAUAUUCCCCUGAGCUCAGGUCCAUCUCUACCAACACGUGUUUCACUUCGAAUGGUUGGGAAUGGAAUUCGACCAAUAGUUAACCAAGAAAUCAGUGUGGUGGACAUUACCUGUUUCAGUUGUAGUUGUAAAUAUACCAGGAAAUCUGUACGGUCCAUACGGAAACUUUUAACCAUUUUAGACAGUAGCCGGUAACCUUUGAGCUUCAGUAGCUCUCUAUUAUGAUAUAUUGACCCACGCGUUUUCCGUUUUUCAACUACACUUGUCGCUAAGUAGUAAAAAAACAGAAUCAUUCCCUUU